AUGAUCUCCGAAGACCAUGGGGCUAUAGAAUCCUCCCCAUUGCUGCGCAACGUCGACCCAGAAGCGGCAAACAAUUCCAAGAAGUCAGGAUGGCGACAGGAAUUAGCGAUUAUCUCGCGAUAUUCGGCUCCCCUCAUGGUAUCGCUCCUACUUCAACAUGCAUUGACGGGCUCUAGCAUCUUCAUGGUGGGCCAUCUGGGGAAACGAGAAAUCGGCGCCGUGAGCUUGGCCAACAUGACUUCCCAGAUCACUGGAUAUUUUGUCUUUCAAGGCCUAUCAACAUGUUUGGAUACGUUAUGUCCUCAAGCAUAUGGCUCAGGGAAUUUGACCUUGGUCGGUCUUCACGUUCAACGCCUGACGCUUUUCAUGCUCGUCCUCACAAUUCCAAUCGGGGCUAUAUGGUGGAAUGCGGAUCGAAUAUUUCUCCUCAUUCUACCAUCUGAAGCCCAGGAGACAGCCCUUCUUGCAGGGCUGUAUCUGAAAAUUGCCAUCGCGGGCGCUCCUAGCUAUGCUUGCUUUGAGUCCGGAAAGCGAUUUUUCCAGGCACAGGGAUUAUUCAGUGCUAGUCUGCUAGUUCUUGUAAGACUGCAAUGGGGCUUCAUCGGUGCGCCUAUCGCUGUUGCGGUCGCAAAUAGUCUUCUACCUGUCUUUCUGGCAUUCUACGUCAUCUUCAUUAAGGGCUCUGAGUGCUGGCACCCCAUUUCUGCCGAGAUGUGGCGAGGCUGGGGUCCAAUGUUGAAGCUUGCUAUACCGAGUUGGCUAAUGAUCGAAGCCGAGGUCCUCGCGUGGGAAAUCAUGACACUCAUUUCGUCCCAUUUAGGUGCGACCGAGCUCGCAGCCCAGGCUGCUAUAUCGACCCUUUCAGACUUUGCCUUUCAAAUCUCAUUUUCCAUCGCUGUUGCUGGUGGCACACACAUUGCCUAUCUGAUUGGAGCAGGUCUCCUACAGCGUGCAGCAACAUCAGCCAAAGUCAUGAUUUUUGCUGCCUUCGGUGCUGGCAUAACAAAUAUGCUUGUGGUUCUUGCUCUGCGGAGAGUCAUCCCUGGCUUAUUUAGUGAUAUUGGCGAGGUCUGGCACUUGAUCUUCUUCUUGCUUCCAGUGGGUGCCGUCCUUCAAAUUCCUGACGCCGUGGCCACUUCCCUCAAUAGCUUGCUGCGGGCUGUGGGACGACCAGAUUUGGGUAGUUAUGUUCAGCUCUCGAUCUACUACCUCGUAGGAUUGCCCCUGGGCAUUGCUUUGGCAUUUGGCCUAGGCUGGAGCGUUUUCGGGCUAUGGUGUGGAAUUUUUAUCGGCCAAUCGAUCAUUGUGUUGAUCGAGGGUUUUUAUUUCUGCAAAAUGGUGGACUGGGCGAAGGCAUCCCGAGAAGCGGUAGAGCGGAUGUGA